GCUGUGAACCAUUGCUGUGUUGUGCAUGACGUCUGCUACACGCAUCAACUGGGACAAGAGCAAUGUGACGAGGAGUUCUGCGGGUGCAAUCGAGUGAGUUCACCUUUGGAUCAUAUAGUCGUACUACGUGACUGUUUGGAUCUACUCGAGGCCAGCUGCUCGUUAGUCCAACUAUUCGGUUUCGGUGCUUAUCGCCACAGCGCGAACUACACAGAGCCUGACGACCUCGUCAAACACACGCUACAAAGCAACUCGCUAAACGUUCAUUUCGAGGGCAUCUACCAGCGGUGCCACAAUGUGAACGCGACAUUGUCGUCCUGCGCACUUCAACAUAAUUUGUGUGAGGAUUCGCCAAAUGAAUGUGCCCAGACACUUUCCGAAUGUUUACUCGAUGCGGCUAGCGUAGAUGGAAGUGAGUCUUGUCGCGAGGCUGUGGCACUGAUGUCCAGUGCAGCACUGAAUGGUGAGGAGCCGCAGAGAAAGAAAUUAAGCCGACAAAUGGCAGAAUUUCUUCAGAAUCGACUCUUCCCUAGGAUCCGGAUAUACGGGAAAAUGCUCAUGGGAGCUUGUUUGGUGGCGUUGGUGUAUUUUGUUCUACGACUGCGUAACGCCACGAAGUUCGACGAGAAAUCGCUUAAAUAUUCGCCAGUCUGA